AUGAUAAAUAAUUUGGCACUAGGACCAAUAUCGUUACCGUUCAGCCGAUACGUCUCCUCUAUCAGAGGUCAAGCAAAACGAGUUCGAUUGAUCAUUCUCAACGGAAGUAUGCCACUAAAAGAGAAACCAGGCAGUGUUAAGAAACACGUAGCAGGCCGUGAUCGAUCUUCGACGGGGACGCCAGGGUUUCUUAUCAAGCAUUUUGCAUAUUUCUCAAUGCCCUAUAAACGACAGAUAAUGACAGCUAUGACCCUUCCUGUUAACACUAACUAA